UUAAAUAAAAGAUUCAAAAAGGUCUCUGAUGAAGUACAAAUAUGCUCUAAGCUCAAAACUAAAAGAAGAUAAAAUUUGCCACAACCGGCUAAAAUAAAACUAGAUAAUUAAACACCUAGCCUAUUACUGAACCACCAUCUAAAUCAAUUAUAGAUAUCCGAACAACCAUCUCCCACCUGGUACAUCCAGUAUCCAAAAGCUCCGCUUGAUACGAUGCAUGAUCCGGGCACAUGGAGUCGUAGUAGGCAAAAAGGACGAUGCGUCGAUGCAUGCAGAGUGGAGUGGCUCUCAAGACAGUGUGUAGCUAGAGUGGAGUGUAUUUUCUCUCUCUCCCAUGGCCAUGAGCGAUGAUCUAUUUAACAUGCGCCCGUCCUUGGGUUGUUGCUUGCAUAUAAUUCUGUUCCUCGCUUGCUUCUCCUUUACUUAUUUAGCCAAGUUACCCUUCUCCAUCAUCACCUCCACGACGCCUGCCUCCUCCCUCCCUCCCUCCUCCUCCUUCACGCUCCUUCAAAAGACCACGCACAAGCACAGCACAGCACAAGCAAGCAGUCACACUACUGGCAAGCUCCCCAGCUCAGGCAAUUCUCUCGCAUAAACUACUACGUGGCUCUCUUGGCAGAAGAUCUAGAGCAGCGGUGGGAUCUGCGCGCGCGCACCAGCUUCGAUGGGCCUCGACGUCACGGAAAUCUCUGAAUUGGCGGCGCUCCGGCCGAUCCAGACGGCCGUGAGCGGCGCCCGGGCAACGGCAGCGCCGGGGGCGGAAGAUGACGCUCCAGCCGCCGACACCGGCUGCGUCACACCCAAGGCGAGCGGCGCGCGGUCAGCCGCUGCAGGAGGAGCAGACGACGACGACCCUGCCGCCAGCGCCAACAACGCCUGCUUCACACCGAAGGCAAGCGACUCCAUGGCCAUGCUGCCCAUUGCGCCACUGCAGGAAGACAGCGUCGGCUUCUCCACGGCCACGCCGCUGCCCACGGGCGGAGAAAUUGGGCGGCGAGAUGGCUGCGCCGCUGCAGGCGACGAGAGCAGCUUCACCACGCCGACGACAGCCUACAGCACGCUGGUGCCGGCCACUGUGUGCCCACCGGCGCCGCGGAAAACGGCUGCGGCGCCGACGAGGAAGCGGGCGCCGCUGCAGCAGCGGCUCUUCUAUCCGGUGCCGCGCGAUCUGACCACCGUGUUCGUGGCCGUGCCGCAGUGCCCGCCGCCCGCCAAGAGGAUGCGGGCGCACGUAGCGGAGUCAUAUGUGCCUCUAGGCACGUGACGAUGCUGCCGCCGACAUCGCCUGCGUCACUCCCAAGGCAAGCGUCCAAGCGACUCCAUGGCGCCACUCCAGCAAGACCUCGGCGUCGAUGUGAUCGGCCUGGCCACGCCGUCAGCCACGGGUGAAUGAAUCGGGCCGCGAGACGGCUGCAAGUAUAGCGCCACUGCCGGCGACGAGGACAGCUUCACCGCGCCUAUGAAGGCUGACAGCGCAUGAUGCCGGCGACGGUGUGCCCGCCCACGCCGCGGAAGUCGGCGCCGGCGCCAACGAGGAAGCUGCGCCGCUGCAGCAGAGGCUCUUCUUCUACCCGGUGCCUCGCGACCUGACCGGCGUCUUCGUCGCCGUGCCGCAGCGCCCGCCGCCCGCCAAGAAGAUGCUGGCACACACACUUUCUCUCGUUCCAGCAGUUCAGCACUCCGCGCCCGCAUGCAUGCUAGUCUGCGCCUCUCCGCGCCACAUUGUCGCGACCGCGAGUGCAGGAAGUAAGGCCAGUCACAGUGGCAGUAAAUUAGAUAGUAACACAGUGCACCUUGAGAAUUUUUUGCUUAUGUAUCAAAUAGUUAAUGAGAAGUAGUAAGGCUGGCCAUAGUGGGGGUAACAUAACUAGUAUCAUAUACUUGGGAUUUGCAAACAUGCUUAUGUGGCAGGAAAUUAAAGAAGAGAGAGAGGGUCAUAGUAAUAUAGAUAGAUACCGUAACAUAAUAAAUGUUAUGCUACUAUGUGUCAUGCAUGGCAAUAAAUAAGACCAUCUAUAAUA